CUAAACGUGUUACUGGAUUCUGGUUUGUACACUGUUGGGAACAUGGCGGAAACUAGGGCAGAUGGUGUGAAUGGACCUUUGCUGGGGAGAUGUGGAUAUUUUGUGGAGAGAAAGAAGCGUUAUUGCAAAAUGGUUGUUGCAGAAGGGAAAACGUUCUGCGGAGAACACGCAAACGCAAACAAAAAUGCAAAAGAAGAUGAUGUAAAACGAAUACCAUGUCCUUUGGAUCCCAAACACACAGUGUUUGAAAAUAAACUUGAAAAGCAUCUUAAAAAGUGCAACUCGAGGGAGAAGCCUAAACCUGUGUAUUAUGUUAAAGAUGUCAAUGCAGGCCUAGAAGAAGACCCAGACACCAGUAAAGAACAGAUUACACUAUCCUCUCGCUCUAAGGAAGAACUGGGUGUAUUCAUUAAAAAGCUGAAACAUGCAGCAGCUGGACUGAAUCAUAAGCAUGAAGAACAAAUAUUGUCACAUUUUGCUUUACAAGAAGCCUUAAACGAUCCAAACAAUGGGGAUUUUGCCUUCAAACAUCUAAAACAACAGGCAUCCCUUCUUGGUAACAUGGAAGCAUUGGGCUUGCUGGGUCCCGACAGGUGUUUUGUGGAGUUUGGUGCAGGAAGAGGAAAGCUCUCGCACUGGGUAGACAUUGCCUUGCAAGGAUCAAGAAACACCCAUUUCCUACUGGUAGAAAGAGCAACCACUCGCUUUAAGGUAGAUGGUAAACACAAAAGUAGUGAAUCUGUAUUUGAAAGGCUGCACGUUGACAUUCAGCACUUGUGUUUAAGCAAAGUUCCCCUCCUAAUCAAAGAGAAAAUGCCUGUAGUGGGAAUUGGCAAACAUCUGUGUGGAGCCGCUACAGAUCUUGCUUUGAGAUGCUUGUUAGACAGAUCAAGCGAAGAGGUUACAGACAGAGAGCCACCGCGGAAACGCUUGAAGACAGAUCCAGCUCACACAGAGACCGGUGUAGAUGAGGAACAGCCUGCCAGUGAAACCGUGGCAGAGAAGAGGCUGAAGGUGGCUGGAAUCUCCAUAGCGCUGUGCUGUCAUCACAGGUGUGACUGGAAGCACUAUGUCGGGAGGGAGUUUUUCAGGUCUCUAGGGCUUGGGCCACAAGAGUUCGGCGUCUUUCAGCGCAUGUCGAGCUGGGCUACCUGUGGCAUGAGAAAACCAGCCAGUGAUGCAGCGCUGCCAGAGGGUGGCAACGGCAAGCAAGAAGAGGAUUUUGAGGAACAUGACCAAGAUGGGGAUACUUUAGCAUACAAUUUAGAAGGGAUGCCUGCUGUUGAAGAGCGGGAGACGGUAGGCCGUCUCUGCAAGCUGUUGAUAGAUCAAGGCAGGAUUUAUUACUUGCAACAGAAAGGAUAUGCAGCCACUUUACGGUAUUACACCAGUCCUUCGAUAUCUUUGGAGAACGUUCUCCUUAGAGCUGUACCAGCCAAAGACUGAUGACAGCUACACUGAGCCGUUACAUCCAACAUGCCACUGACAGAAUCACAGUGAAAUUGAUUAGCUCCAUCUUCUAAACCAGCGACCGUGUUUGUGUUUCAACUCUUCAUAAACCUUCCUCUUUCAACAGGACCAGCGGUGACCUCCUCACGCAUCCCUCAGUGAGCAGUGGUUUAUCUUUGAUAGUCCAAAACUAUUUUUGCAGGUUGGAAUCGCUUUAAAGAAAGCGAUAGUCCCAAAUUACAAAUGUCAGGUGCAAAUCUUCUGUUCCACUGCAUCAAUCAUCACAGUUAAUACAGAAGUGUAACUGAUUUCUGAAAAACAAAAAAACACCAGCAUGUUUUAUUCCUUUUCUUUAAAAACAGUUUAAAAAAAGUUUUUAGUUGUCGUGUUUAUAAGAUUUGAAGUAAAGGCAUCUGCUUAAUCAAAUCCAAUGUCGUAGUAAUGCUGGACCUGUUUAACUGGUAGUACUGAUAACAGGUAACUUUUCAAUAAAAGAAUGGUCAUUUC